AUGUCGACCAUUCCCUUCCUCUUGCUUGUCCUGGGCUUCCUCGGACUCUCCGAAUCUUUCAACCUGCCAUGGGCGAGAACAUCUCUUCCACUCCGGACGACGGCAUGCAGGAGGCCGCCACAAGCUGUGCUCCUCAAGUGCAUGAGCUCUGACAUGACGGAGCUCAACAAGCUCACGGUGGCACAGCUGAAGGAGAAGCUAGUGACGCUGGGGGAGCAGCCGACCAGUAGGAUGAAGAAGGCAGAGCUGAUCGAACGGAUCUCCAGCAUAGCCGGGGAAGGAGCGAGCUCCACCUUGAGCUCAAGUGAGGAGGAUGGAGAGAGGCAGGAGGGAGGAGGGGAGACGGCGGGGAUGAGCAGCGGGGGGACGAUGGACCUCAGCUCCAUGACGGUGACAAAACUCAAGAACGAGCUCAAGAGCAGGGGCCUCAAGACUAGCGGGGUGAAGGCGGAGCUGCAGGAGAGACUUGCCAAGGCGAUGGAGGAGGAGGAGGAAGGAGCAGAGCUGAAGAUCCCGGAUCCUCACCUCGCUGCUGUGCUGGCGGAAUCUGACGAGGAUCAGAGCUGGGGAGCACAAGCAUAUGGAGAAGAGGGGGAGACUGAGGUCAAGAGCUCGGGGGUGGAGGAAGACAGCGGAGAACAGGAGGAGAGUGAGGAGGAGGAUGAUGCGAAGUUUGCUGAGCUUGACACGGAUCAGAUCUUCGUGCGCGGCAUUUCCUUUAAGGCUCGUCCGCUCGACCUCGUGGACUUCUUCGAGUCUCAGUGCGGGACCGUGACGAAGAUCGAAGGAAUGUUCAUGGGAGGAAAGGCGUCUGGGAGAGCAUGGGUCACCUUUGAAGACAAAUUGAGCGCGUCAGAAGCUCUCAAGCUCGGCAACCAGACGAUUCUUGACAGAACCAUCGAGAUCUAUCCGCCAUGGUCUCGUCCAGCACGACAGGCUAUGAGAAUGGUAACGGAGGGUCAAGGGAUCAAACCCGAACGUCGGCCGUCGGGCAUGAGGGAGAGACAGAACCCGAGGUUCUCUUCGCCGAGAAACUCCAAGGUCAAUAGCAUUUUCAUCGGGAAAAUCCCCCUUGGUGCCGACAAGAGGGACAUCGAAGAGGCCAUUGCCGACUUUCGGGGGUCGUUGGGAUGCGGAUGGGAAUGA